GAGAGAGAGACGGGAGAGGGAGGGCGCAGCUCCGGGAACGCACUGAGGUCAGCAGAGACACUGGGAUCCGCUCGGUGCCCGGUAUCAGGCUCCCUCCUCCUCCCGGGGCAGUCAGUCAGGCAGGCAGCAGCAGCAGCAGCAGCAUCAGCACCACUGGCGAUGGAGUGAAGAGCCCAAUCUCCAGCAGCAGGGCCGUGCUCUGACCAAGACAAGGACAGAUCAGCUAAGCCUCUCUGUGGAGAGCCUCCCGGAAACAAGAUGGCCGGUGCCUCAGUGAAGGUGGCGGUGAGAGUCCGGCCUUUCAACUCCAGAGAGAUCAGCCGAGAGAGCAAAUGCAUUAUUCAGAUGUCAGGGAACACAACAACAAUCGUUAAUCCAAAGCAGCCCAAGGAGGCCCCGAAAAGUUUCAACUUUGACUAUUCCUACUGGUCCCACACCACGCCGGCCGACAUCAACUAUGCCUCCCAGCAGCAGGUGUACCGGGACAUUGGGGAAGAGAUGCUGGAACAUGCCUUCGAAGGAUACAACGUCUGCAUCUUUGCCUAUGGACAGACUGGGGCAGGGAAGUCCUAUACCAUGAUGGGCAAACAGGAGAAGGAGCAGCAGGGAAUUAUCCCACAGGUCAGUUACAUGGAAAUUUACUGUGAACGUGUGCGAGACUUACUAAACCCCAAGACCAAAGGGAACCUUCGUGUUCGGGAGCACCCCAUCCUCGGCCCUUAUGUGGAGGAUCUCUCCAAACUUGCCGUCACCUCCUACAAUGACAUUUCAGACCUCAUGGAUUCUGGCAACAAAGCUAGGACUGUGGCUGCUACGAACAUGAACGAGACGAGCAGUCGAUCUCAUGCUGUAUUCAACAUCAUCUUCACACAGAAAGCACACGACACUCCAGAAACAUCCUCUGAGAAGGUUAGCAAAAUCAGUUUGGUUGAUCUCGCUGGAAGUGAAAGAGCUGAUUCCACAGGAGCAAAGGGAACACGAUUAAAGGAAGGUGCAAAUAUCAAUAAAUCCCUUACGACCCUGGGCAAAGUAAUUUCCGCACUGGCGGAUGUGGAUUCUGGAUCAAACAAGAACAAGAAAAAGAAGAAAACCGAUUUCAUCCCAUACAGAGAUUCGGUGCUGACAUGGUUACUCCGAGAAAACCUGGGGGGAAAUUCCCGAACUGCCAUGGUGGCAGCCCUGAGUCCAGCUGACAUCAAUUACGAUGAGACGCUAAGCACCUUGAGGUAUGCUGACCGUGCGAAACAGAUCCGGUGCAAUGCAGUCAUUAACGAGGAUCCCAAUAACAAGUUGAUCCGGGAGCUGAAGGAUGAAGUGUCCAGACUGAGAGACCUGCUUUGUACCCAGGGACUGGGUGACAUUAUCGAUCUGACUCCGGUGCCCGAUGACAAAAGAACUGGAAGAAAAUACGUGAACGAUUUAGAGAAUAAUAACCGUAAUCGCAGAAUAGCAGCUAUCAAUCAACGAGCUGACAAUUUCUCCACAGUGUCCGGAAUGGUGGCUGGAGUGAGCCCCUCACCGUCCCUGUCUGCUCUGUCCAGCCGUGCGGGGUCAGUGUCCAGCCUGCAUGACCGGCUGAUGAUCGCCCCUGGUAGUGAGGAAGCCAUUGAGCGACUAAAGGAGACAGAGAAGAUAAUUGCUGAGCUGAAUGAAACCUGGGAAGAAAAGCUACGUAGAACAGAAGCCAUAAGGAUGGAAAGAGAGGCUCUCCUCGCAGAGAUGGGCGUGGCCAUGCGUGAAGAUGGUGGUACAUUGGGUGUCUUCUCCCCUAAGAAGACUCCUCACCUGGUGAAUUUGAAUGAGGAUCCACUGAUGUCUGAGUGCCUCUUAUACUACAUCAAGGAUGGGACCACCAGAGUUGGGCGUGAAGACGCAGAACGGCGGCAGGACAUUGUGCUGAGCGGACAUUUCAUUAAAGAGGAGCAUUGCAUCUUCCGCAGCGAUAUUAAAUCUUUAGGCGAAGUGAUUGUCAUCCUUGAACCGUGUGAGGGGGCAGACACAUACGUUAAUGGAAAGAAAGUCACUGAGCCAACUGUACUUCGCUCAGGAAACCGUAUCAUUAUGGGGAAGAGCCACGUUUUCCGUUUCAACCACCCUGAGCAGGCCCGUCAGGAGCGUGACAAGACGCCCUGCGCAGAGACACCUGUGGAGCCUGUGGACUGGGCCUUUGCUCAGCGGGAGCUGCUGGAAAAGCAGGGCAUUGACAUGAAGCAAGAGAUGGAGCAGAGGCUUCAGGAACUAGAGACCCAAUAUCGGAGAGAAAAGGAGGAGGCUGAUUUACUUUUGGAGCAGCAGAGAUUGGACUACGAAAGCAGGCUUGAGGCCUUACAAAGGCAGAUGGAUUCUUGCUUUUACCCAGAUAACGCACAGGACGAUGAAGAACCAGAGGAGGAAGUGCAAUGGACAGAGCGGGAGUGUGAGUUGGCACUAUGGGCAUUCCGUAAGUGGAGAUGCUACCAGUUUACCUCCUUGCGUGAUCUGCUAUGGGGAAAUGCCAUCUUUCUGAAAGAGGCCAAUGCCAUCAGCGUGGAAUUGAAGAAAAAGGUACAGUUCCAAUUCGUGCUCCUCACAGACACAUUGUACUCCCCUCUACCGCCUGAUCUCAUGCCUCCUGAUGCUGUCAAGGACAGGGAGAAGCGCCCAUUCCCACGCACCAUUGUGGCUGUGGAAGUCCAAGACCAGAAGAAUGGAGCAACUCACUACUGGACUCUGGAGAAACUCAGGCAGAGACUAGACCUGAUGCGGGAGAUGUAUGAUCGUGCCGCUGAAGUGCCUUCCAGUGUGGUUGAUGACUGUGAUAAUGUUAUGACUGGCGGGGAUCCAUUUUACGAUCGCUUCCCCUGGUUCCGGUUGGUCGGAAGUUCUCCCAUUUUCAACACUUGCAUGACUGAGCGCAUGGCUGAUCUCACCCCCUCCCCCACCUUCUCGAACCCUGACUCUGACAUCACUGAGCUCGCAGAUGAGCACCAUGAUGGGAAGGAGGAGGAGGAGGAGGAGGAGGAGGAGGAGGAGGAGGAGCUGGACGAUGAAACCUUUCUGGAUGAUCCCUUUUCUGACCUGGGGGGAGACGAAGGGUACCAGAUCCACCAUGAUGGCCAGGACCCGUUUUACGACCGCUCACCCUGGUUCAGUUUAGUGGGAAGGGCAUUCGUUUAUCUCAGUAAUUUACUGUAUCCUGUGCCAUUGGUACAUCGUGUGGCAAUAGUCAGUGAGAAGGGAGAAGUCAAAGGAUUUCUACGUGUGGCUGUUCAGGCCAUUUCUGCUGACGAGGAAGCUCCUGAUUAUGGUUCUGGUGUUCGACAAUCAGGAACAGCCAAGAUCUCCUUUGAUGACCAGCAUUUUGAGAAGUUUCAGUCGGAUUGUUGUACAGCUGGCAUGUCUCGCUCUGGCACAUCGCAGGAAGAGCUGCGGAUUGUGGAAGGACAGGGCCAAUCGAGUGAUUCAGGCCCCUCGGCUGAUGAGGUCAACAACAAUACCUGCGCAGCAACCCAGGAGGAACCUGAUAGUCCAGAGAAGUCCCCGGUAGACACACAGAUGGAUGGAAUCGUAGAACAUCUCAAAAUCGGCAGCAACUUCACUUUUAGAGUGACCGUUCUACAGGCCUCGAGUAUCUCGGCUGAAUAUGCUGAUAUCUUCUGUCAGUUCAAUUUCAUUCAUCGUCAGGAAGAAGCGUUUUCCACAGAACCACUGAAAAACACAGGCCGAGGCCCCCCACUUGGUUUUUACCAUGUCCAAAACAUUGCAGUUGAAGUAACCAAGUCCUUCAUAGAGUAUAUUAAGACUCAACCCAUUGUAUUUGAGGUGUUUGGGCACUACCAGCAGCACCCGUUCCCACCACUCUGCAAGGACCUCAUCAGCCCCCUGAGACCAUCUCGUCGACAGUUCCCCCGCGUGAUGCCCCUGUCUAAACCAGUACCAGCUACCAAGUUAAACAGCAUGAACCGACCCACUGCAGGACAAUGCCAGGGCAAGUAUGACUUGCUGGUCUUCUUCGAAAUCUGUGAGCUGGAGGCUACUGGCGAGUAUAUCCCUGCCGUUGUUGACCACAGAGGUGGAAUGCCAUGUCAUGGAACCUUCCUACUGCACCAGGGAAUCCAGAGACGGAUCACAAUUACCAUUGUACAUGAGACAGGAAGUGACAUACGUUGGAAGGAAGUGCGAGAAUUGGUGGUUGGUCGAAUCCGAAGUACACCAGAGUCAGAUGAUUCUGUCAUCGAUCCCAACAUCCUGUCCCUGAAUAUUCUAACUGCUGGCUACACCCACCCAACCCUGGAGGAUCGGCAAUUUCUUGAUUCGGAUAUGCCUAGAUACCUGGAAGAAACAGCAAGCAUAACACAUGGAAAUGACAAUAGAACCUUUUACCGAUUUGAAGCAGGCUGGGAUAGCUCCAUGCACAACUCCCUGUUGCUGAACAGAGUGACCCCAUACGGAGAGAAGAUCUAUAUGACGUUGUCAGCGUAUUUGGAGAUGGCGAACUGUACACAACCUGCAGUUGUUACUAAAGACUUCUGCAUGGUGUUCUACACACGAGAUGCCAGGCUGCCAGCCUCCCGCUCUAUUCGUAACCUCUUUGGCAGUGGAACACUCAAAGCUUCAGAGAGUAACCGAGUGACUGGUGUGUACGAGCUGAGCCUGUGCCGGGUUGCUGAUGCUGUUAGCCCAGGCAUGCAGAGAAGACGCAGACGGGUCCUUGACACUUCCGUAGCCUACGUCCGUGGAGAAGAGAACCUGGCCGGGUGGCGACCUCGAAGUGACAGCCUCAUUCUGGACCACCAGUGGGAACUGGAGAAACUGAGCCUUUUGCAAGAGGUGGAAAAGACCCGACACUAUCUGUUAUUGCGUGAGAAGCUGGAGAGCACACUGAGGUCAGGCUGCGAUUCGGUCUCCUCAUAUACCAGUGAGGACCUUAGCGAAUCCCAAAGCAUCUCCUCAACAUACAGCCUACACUCAACAGGCAGCAAUGACAUGCCAACCUCUACCUGCACCACCACUGAACGGCAGAAAGAGUUAGCAGCUAAGUGCCUCCGACUCCUAUCCCACACAUUUAAUAGGGAGUACAGCCAUGUCUGUAUCAGCGCCAGUGAGAGCAAGAUAUCUGAGAUGUCCGUCACAUUGACAAGGGACACGUCAUUCUCUACAUUGAGCAACACAACACUGCCCCCUUCCUCGACCUGUCCCUCUCUGCUGGAAGGACAGUACAUCGCCCCAGAGCUCAGGACCCCUGAGACCCAAUCCAGAGAAAUCAGUCCUGAUCCUGAUUCACUACAAGAAGGUGAAUUGAAGAAAUCUCCUGUUGCCGGCAAGGAUGAGAAAGGAAGCGCUCGCAUGUUUGUAGCUGAUAUCCAGGAGAUCAGAGUGAGUCCGAUUGUAUCAAAGAAAGGGACCCUGCACUUCCUGGAGCCUCAGACCAAUGGUUGGGUGAAGCGUUAUGUGGUUGUACGGCGGCCAUACGUCUACAUUUACAACACCGAUAAGGACACAGUGGAGCGAGCCAUCCUUAACCUGUCAGCAGCACAAGUGGAAUACAGCGAGGACCAACAGGCCAUGCUCAAGACUCCAAACACAUUUGCUGUGUGCACUGAGCACCGUGGGAUAUUGCUGCAAGCCUGCAACGAUAAAGAGAUGCAAGACUGGCUGUAUGCCUUCAACCCCCUCCUUGCUGGGUCAAUCAGAUCAAAGCUGUCUAGAAGGAGGAGCAGUCAGAUGAGGAUCUGAUAUAAAUCCUUGAUGCAAAUAAAAUUCCACUCCAAUCCAGUGACAUCAUACUGGACUCUUGUACAUAAUCAACCCAGUCCUUCCAGCAUUGACGUGAAUGCCAUCUAACAUGCCUGCUCUACAUGUAGUCAUUUAUUGAGGAACAAAAAUUAAUAGUUGUGUGAAAGCAAAAACUGUGUCGCCUGGCGCUGGGAAGCGCCGUGUUACGUGUGCGUGUGAUGAUCUGUGUGUCUUCAGUAAGUGAUUAGAUAUCACUGAUGAACGAGCUCCGUGAUGUGGACACUAGAUGCUGUAUGUGUUCCUUCUAUUUUUUUUUGAUUGGGGUGUUUGGAGGCUUGAUGUGGGGAAAGGGUGUGGCAACAUUUUGUGGCACUAACUGUCAUGUCCAGCAGAAAGGCUGAAAUGGAUGUUGCAGCACAUUUCGACACUAAUCCUUUCCCUGAGUUUUGAGAUGUCUCCUAAAAAGGAUACAGAAGGUGGUAGCUGAACGAAUGAGAGCUCCUCUUUGAGGAGGUUGGCACUGGCAAAGCCCACACUGAUUUGCUGACUGAAUUAUCCCCUUAAAAGCAAAUUUGGCCUCCCAACAGGCAACAUGAGUGGUUUGAAAUUUGUUCCUGAGAAGAACUAGGAGUUUAUUUUUUGCGGGAGCGAACAAGUUAUCUAUUUAGGCAGGAGGAAGUUAAAUGAGAAUCGCUAGGUCUGGAGUUCCAAUGGAGGAGUAAAGGGGUAAAUGUAUAUAUUUCAUGUUCACCUCUCUAAUGAUAGUGAAUUCGUAAACUUGAAUAAUAAAUGUUACUGCUGAGGUCAGUCGUUCUUGUCCCCUCCCCAGGCUCACAUGUUGGGUAGCCCUUGUCCACCUGCUUGCCCAUGUUUAUGUCGUCUGCUUGGAUUUUUGUGUAACAUCUCAGCACCAGUGUGACACAGGACCUGAAAGUUAGAAUGUUUUGUAGGUGUACUGGCUUUGGAAGUGAGCUGCGCUGAAUUUCUGAAUCCAUGGCUGAUGCAGGAGAUGCCAAGACACUUGAAGGUCUGCUAAUUACCAGCCUGGUGCCAAUGUCAUCAGCAUUGUGACCCUUGACUGGUUGGGGCUAGGGCCAAGGCUUAGAAUGGACAGAUUACUUUUUUCUUGAUCGUUUACAUCAACUGCUUCUAAAAGCCAGUGUUGCUACCUCUCUAACUCCUUCAGAUUUGGAGUAUCUGCCCUGUUUGAUCUAUCUUUUCUUUUGGGUAGCAAAGAAGCUCAUGGACCUGUUCUGAUUUGGGACAGUCUCUCCUGUUGUCCCAGAUCUGUCGACAAAGGUUAGCUGCAUUGCAGAGGAUGUAUUACCUUUGAAACAUAGAAGCUGUGUAUGUCUGACGGAGCAUUAAUCUACAGCUAGUGGUUGCAUUCUCAGUGUUAUAAGCAAGUUGAGUAUUCUAACAGGGGACUUGAAGGCUCUGUGGUGGUGGUGGAGGGUAUGUGUGCGCGGGGCAGAAGAUUGGGGACUUCUGGGCUUUCAUUCAUUCCUUAACUGUUCAAACCUGGAGCAGACAUUUCGAUUUUGCAGUGUUGGUAUGGGAGUCAUGGCUUCGACCAUUGGUCAGAAUUCUGUCCAGCCCACAUAACGCCAUGUGGGUUACAGACUCAUAAUGAUGAGGAUCUCCAUAAGCCCUAUGGUGCUUUAUUUAAACCAAAUACAAAGGGAAGGUCACCACUAGUCCUCCAUGUACUCCCCAAACUGUCCAGAUGGAGACGAAAAUAUCACCUACUUCUCGGAAUCCUGCAAUAUCCUAAAGGCAGCAUAUAAAUCACACCUAUAUGUACAUUGCAUCCUUGUAUUAUGUUGGUUGUUUCUUGAAACUUAAGAGCUCACUGCUGUAUAUAUAUGUUGCACCCCUCUAUUGAUAAGUAUAUGUUGUAUUCUACUGGCUAUUAUAAAUCAUUAAGACGACAUUGUCAAAUUCAAGUUCAAUGCAGGAACAUUCAAUUGCUGCUAAGUAGAAAACCACAAACUGUCACAUUGAUGAGUACAGUAACUUUAAGGUUGCCCAUUAUGCACUGGAUUUCACGAUGUUUCAUAGCUUGAAUGUGAACUGUUGCGAGUUGGAAGUAUCUAAGUCCUGGUCUAUAUCCUUCCAGCCUUUAAAGUGUCAGUACCUCAGAGAAGGCAUUGAUCAUUGCAGCGAUGCACAUUGGAACAGGUGCCCUGUACCGCGCUCUGUUGCACUUUUCCCAUGUUCUUUUCACUGACUGUGUGUUUGUUCAGUCAAGUGCUUUUCCUUGUAUUCUGUGCACAAGAAGGCUGUCCUGUAGUUGAGCGUGUUGGCAUUUCCCUCCCACCACAGGGCUACCACAGGUAUCACUUUUCUCUCACCGCCCUUUAUUGCUUCUGCAUUUGAAGAAUCCUUCUCCUGAUGUACAACCACUUCAGCAGCAGUCUUUGUUGGAGAAACUUGACAUCUGUCUUUGGGUGGCAGUAAUCCCUUAGCACUGCCAGUGAGGUUGUUUACAGCCCCACAGCUUUGUCUGGCUUUCAUUUGGUUUUGAACCUUUAUCGGUGGGUGUGCACCAUCCCAGAGAGCUCUCCAGAAUGUAAUUAAUACAGAUGGGUUGACCUUCCAAAUAUAGGCUCCAUGUGUGAAGGCUUGGCCAAAUUCACACACUCUGAUAUCCUGAUAAUGCUGCAACUGAACGACAUUCCUCACAGAAACGUGAAGUCGCAAAAUCCAUUCGGAGCAGCCGGCCUGUAAACCUGUGGAUAAUUGGAUUACCUAGAGGCAUGUUGAAGGAUAUGGGGCAGAAGUCCACAAAGGCUAGUGGAAAUGUCGAAUUCUCUUGCCUUCAAAACAACUAUCGGGAGUAGGUCAAUUGGAAAGUGUAAAACUGACACUGAUAAAUGUUAGUUAGAUGAGAGUAUUAAGCAUAAUGGAACCCAGUUGGGGAAAUAGAAUUAAGGUAAGCCAAUAUUUAAUUGACUGGCAGAACAGGCUCGAUGGAAUUACGCUUCCUAUAUUCAAACAAUCAAUUAUCAAUUAUCAUUUUAGAAAUUGGUCGAGUGAGUUUGCUGCAUCUUUCUGCUCUUUGUCACCAUCUAGUGAUGUCUCAUGGAAAGGUAAUGUAAGUGCUCAGUUGAAAGUAGCAGUAGGCUUGGUUGUAAAGUCUGCACUGUAAUACUCUGCUUACAGUUACAGACACACAUCACAAAUGAUCACUUCAGAGGAGAUGCCGGAAGAUGGCCAAUCUUGGUGGCACCAUAUAAUGGCCAUUGAUUUAAAGAGGGGGGCAAUUGGCUUGAAUGUAUGGGAGUCUGUAUGAAAACAAAUUACUGAGUAUCUGGAAUAAUAGUAGAACUUCACUGUAGCACAUUCAAUCCAGAGGCCUGCACACACAUGACAGCAGCUAAUAAGUAUGCCAUCCUGACUACUUCCCAAUUCACAGUAGUUUGGAUAGAAUUGUUGAAAAUCCUUGGAGUAGAAGACCCCCGUGUUCUGAAGAAUUGGUUUAUGUUCACAAAUUUGACUCCUUAUAUUUGAAAUACUAGAAGUGUAGCAUAGAGUCAGAGAGUCGUACAGCACACAAUCAGAUCCUUUGUUCCAAUUCACCUGCACCAUCCAGACAUCUUAAUCUGACCCACUCCCUUUUGCCAACAUAUGACCCAUAUCCCUCUAAACCCUCCUUAUUCAUGUAUCCAUCCAGAUGCCUUUUAAAUGUUAUAAUUGUAGCCAC